AUGAGGACGAGCGGCGGCGGCUUUGCCGGCCUGGUGGUGUGCGUCGCCACCGUGUGCCUGCUCCUGCCGACGGCGAGCCGCGCCCAGCUGAAGGUGGGGUUCUACAACACCACCUGCCCCAACGCCGAGGCGCUCGUGCGUCAAGGUCGUCACGGCUGCUUUCGCCAACAACUCCGGCGUCGCACCCGGGCUCAUCCGCCUCCAUUUCCAUGA